GUUAGUGAAACACAUUUCAAAGAAAGAUUUUCAACACACAACUGUGUCAUUUCCUUUCCUUGUGGGCCAGAUGCUGAAAUACUAUGUGAUAAAAAUUUUAGGUUUCAAUUGUAAAGAGAGGGAAGCAGAUAAAUCACUGCGGUCUUCUUUUCCAGCAAUGACAAAAGAGAUCAUAGAGCAACAGAGGCUCUUCCCUGAUGAACCAGAGGAUCCUGAUAGCUACUCAGAAUCUGUGAAGUUUGAUGCUCGCUCAAUGACAACAUUGCUUCCUCCCAAUCCUAAAAAUGGCUCUUCCCCUCAGGAGAAGCUGAAGUCCUUCAAAACUGCCUUAGUUGCUCUCUACCUUCUUGUGUUUGCAGUUCUCAUACCACUCAUUGGGAUAGUAGCAGCUCAGCUUAUCAACAGGGGAAUGAAGAAUUGCUUUGUUGGUUCAAUUAACACAAGUGAUACUUCUCAAAGUCUGAUUGGAGAAGAAGACACCAGGAAAGCUGAAAUGAGAUUUCCAGCCUUCAUGGAACACAUGAAGGACUUGGAGGAGAGAAUCCAGAGCAUUUCAGACUUAAAAGACAACCUCAUGGACACAGAACGCUUCCAGAAUUUCAGUAUGGCAACCGACCAAAGACUUAAUGAUGUUCUGCUGCAGUUAAGUUCCUUGAUCUCGUCAGUCCAGGAACAUGGGAACUCACUAGAUGAAAUCUCCAAAUCCUUGCUGAGUCUCAAUACCACACUGCUUGAUGUCCAGCUCCAUACAGAAACACUGAACCGCAAAGUCAAUGAGUCUACCGUGAAGCAACAGGAGGACAUCAAUAAGUUAGAGGAACGUGUGCGCAAAGCAUCAGCAGAAAUCCAGUCUGUGAAAGAAGAACAAGAACAUGUGGAACAGGAAGUAAAACAGGAAAUGAAAGUUUUGAAUAACAUCACUAAUGACCUCAGACUGAAGGACUGGGAACACUCACAGACACUGAAAAAUAUCACCUUAAUUCAAGGACCUCCUGGACCUCGAGGAGAAAAGGGAGACCGAGGGCUCACUGGAGUAAGUGGUCCACCUGGCAUUCCGGGUUUAAAUGGUACUCCAGGCCUUAAAGGUGAUCGGGGUCCAGCUGGCUUCCCUGGAAAUAGAGGAUACCCAGGGUCACCUGGAAAAGCGGGGAGGUCAGGAUAUCCUGGACCUAAAGGCCAAAAGGGAGAAAAGGGGAGUGGAGGCAUAUCGACUACUCUUAAGAAUGUUCGACUGGUUGAUGGCACUGGACCUCACGAGGGCAGAGUGGAAGUCUUCCACCAAGGCCGCUGGGGCACAAUCUGUGAUGACCGCUGGGAUAUACGUGCUGGGCAAGUUGUCUGCAGGAGUCUAGGAUACCAAGGUGUGCAAGCCGUGCACAAGAGAGCUCACUUUGGACAAGGUACUGGUCCUAUAUGGCUGAAUGAGGUGAUGUGUUUUGGGAGAGAAUCAUCUAUUGAAGACUGUAAAAUUAGGCAAUGGGGAGUGUUGGUCUGUUCACAUGCAGAAGAUGCUGGAGUUACGUGUACUUCAUAAUACAUCAUAUUUUCACUAACUUUUAUGAAAUUGCUGCUGUAAAAUUAUUUUAGU